GUCUGACCUCAACACGACUCGGGAGGACAUCACAAUGACGAACUCCGACGUGCAUGCGCUGAACAAAACUCUGGCAUCCAAAACCCGAGCCGUGGCUUUCCAGGCGUAUGCAUCAAGGUCCCGCAAUGUAACGUCACAACACCCCGUGGUGUACGACAGCACCAUCUACAACAUCGGAUCUGGCUACAACCACACAACCGGGAAUUUCACAGCACCAGUCUCCGGAACCUACAUGUUCUGGACAGAAUUGCGUAUCAAUUCCUACGCCUACACUCCGCACAUGACUAUCAAACAGUCGGGAAGGUCAAUCGGCAGUGGUUGGUCUGCAUCAACGUCUACAGAUGAUGAGUCCGUUAUUUCCGCUACGUGUGUUAGUCAUCUGCAGAAGGGCGAGGCAGUAUGGGUGGAGUUUGAAAAGUUUGCAUGGUGGGCAACUGCUGUCUCUGUUGUCCCAGGUGGCUUUGAUACAAGGCCAAAAUCCUUCUUUGGUGGUGCCCUUUUAACAGUGGACUAAUUUUAUUACCGGGCAUCCACUUCAAUCCAUUAGGACCCUUUUAGCAGUUACCAAGCAACCAAAAUGUGUGAUCAUGAAAAUUUGUGAAGUCACUGGUUUACUUGAAACAAAAUUCACUCAUUCAA